AUGAGCAUAACGGGGGCAAGAUGGCUUCUGCUUGUGUGGUCUCUAAAUCUGAAAUUCGUUCAAACUUCUCCGGGAGAUCGGUGAGUAGAUUUUCCAAAUAAAAAUUACGUUUAAUUGUAUUUUGAUUGCAACGUCCGUUUACAGAAGCAUUUGGCACGCACAGUGCACUGAAAAGUGCAUGUCAAAGUUCCAGUGCCCUGGGCAGUUCGGUACUUUCGAUUGGGUUAUGGGCGACUGUUUCUGGUGCCGAUACGACUGCAUGUGGGAGACCGUUGAACUCUUCGAGAGGUUUUGAUUCAAGAAACACGGGAUUAUCAAAAAAUACUCUGCUUUCAGCAACUACGGAAUCGUCCCCCAGUUCCACGGAAAAUGGCCGUUCCUCGCUAUCCCACUGCCGUACGGUCUUGUCAUUCAGGAGCCGGCUUCUUUACUUUUCUCUCUGCUCAACUUGUUCUCUGUGUUCCUGAUGCUCCGCAGACUGAAAAAGAUUCGUGAUCUGCCGAAUCGUAAGAUGUGGAUUUUGUACGCACAUGUGGGCCUUGUAGCCUGGAUAUCAUCCUCUCUGUUCCACAUGGCUGACUGUGAUAUCACUGAGAAGCUCGACUAUUUCGGAGCCUUCGCUUUUGUGCUCUCCGCUCUCUACGUCUCCUUCGUUUUCACUCUUCCACAGUUGGAAUUCACAGCGAAAGGAAGGCUUGUUCUGAAGGCGGCACCGUUCAUUUUCAUCAUAAUCUUUCUCAAUCACGUCAAGAAUAUGAAUGUAAGUCGUUUAUCAUAUAUUGGGAGGAUAAAUCCUAUGGGUAUUUUCAGAACCACUUCGAUUACGGUUACAACAUGACUUUGUGCAUAUCUUUCUCAUUAAUAACCACAUGUCUCUACUUAUAUUAUCUUUUUCAACGGCAAGACAAGUUUGAGGUCAUGUCGCUAUUUUUAACUAUGAGCCUUCAGAAAACGCCUUCACGGAGAGCUGCUACAAUCGGACAUUCUUCUAAUUCGUCUCAUUGUGUGGGCCAAUCUCUCGACCGGCCUCGAACUUUUGGAUUUUGCUCCCGUGUUCUGGGUCUUCGAUUCGCAUUCUCUCUUCCACUUGGCCACUUUUCCCAUUCCCGUCUGGUGGGCCGACUUCUUGGAGCAAACGUACCAUAGUCCCGUCUUACAAAGAUCGGUCCUCAAAAUUGCCUAA